UUACAGGCGGGUGCUUUACCAACUGGGCCACAAGGGAAGCCCAAGAAAACUGGAGUGGGUAGCCUAUUCCUUCUCCAGCGAUCUUCCCGACACAGGAAUAGAACCGAAAUCUCCUGCAUUGCAGGCGGAUUCUUUACCAACCGAGCUAUCAGGGAAGCCCUCAUUCUAGGGGACAAGAUGAUAAAAAAGAUAAAUUAUAUACAAUGCUUGGUUAAGGGUAAGAACUAAGGAGAAAAAUAACAUACAAAAAAGAGGAAAGGAAUGGCCUUGUCCAUUCCUGGUACAAUUUUAGUUAAGAUACCAGGGAAGGCGGAGUUCACUCAUAAACUGGAUCAAUGUAAGGCCUGCGGGCCACGUUCUGACAGAAACAAAAGAAAAGGCUUUAGGAAUCAAAAAGAUCCGGAAUGAGGCGAAGAAGUGACAGGAAAUUCAGUGAGGAAUAGUGAGGGGAGUAAGUUGAACGCAUUUGGGAGGAAAGAAGGAAACAAAAAUAUAGCAUAGCCUAAACAAUGAUGUUACUUUUUAACAUUUGGUUAAAAAAAAAACAACUGUGUGAACUAUGACGAAACUCUUAAUGAGGAGAUUCUCACCUCAGCUUCUCUUCAGAGAGGGACAGUGUUCCCGGCCGCUAAACAGUGAUUUUGUUACUGUAGCUUCUGAUUGGCCCGGUGUAGGCGCGUGCUCUGCGCCUAUUGGCCCGCGGCCCUGUCCACGGACGGGUAGCCAUCUUGGGUCCCUUCCAUACUGCACAGGCAUCUGGGAGUUGUAGUCCCUGCUCUGUUCUGUCCAGUCGCGGGAAUUUUUGCCCUCUGCUCCCGGGAACCUCAGGCAGCCACCCCCGUGGGCACAAGCCCAGGCGCUGUUCCUGCCCAGCGCUCCCUCCCUCUGCCUUUACUUCUCAACUGCCAAGAUCUUGGAAGCUUUGAAGCUCAGCAAAGAAGGGAAAUCCAUUGAGAACAGUCUGUAAAGGUCCUGGAAAAGUGACCAACACUUAGUAGGUACUCAGCAAAUACUGACUCAGUGAACAAAGGAAUGAAUUAUUAGCUCCAUAUGGGUAGGGGUUCCUCCGAUUGACACUGUGCUACAGUCCUUGGCACAUGUGAGGUGCUCUACCUGACAAACGUGGUAUUCCAGGACUGCCAGCCUGCCGACAGCCUCUGCAGAAACUCUGCACACCCUUCCGUUGAGUGUUCUGAGGAAGUAACCAUCUUCAGACAGGGAAAUUUUUGCUGAACUGGAAAAACAGUAGGAGUGUUUUGCCUUCACUCCAUCACCGAAUAGCAGGUGUCCAGGUUCUGGUUGCCUGUUACACAACUGGGGAAGCACAGGACUUGUAGGCCCAGCUGGGUGCAGCCCAACAAGGACAGAGACUUCACCUUGAGGAAAUGUCAUUCAGAUUUGGCCAACAUCUCAUCAAGCCCUCGGUGGUGUUUCUCAGAACAGAACUGUCCUUUGCCCUGGUGAACAGGAAGCCUGUGGUACCUGGACAUGUCCUCGUGUGUCCUCUCCGGCCAGUGGAGCGCUUCCGAGACAUGAGUCCCGAAGAAGUGGCUGACUUGUUUCAGGCUGCACAGAGAGUCGGCACAGUGGUGGAGAAGCAUUUCCAGGGCACCUCGCUCACGUUCUCCAUGCAGGAUGGCCCUGAAGCUGGACAGACGGUGAAGCAUGUUCACAUCCACAUUCUUCCAAGGAAGGCUGGAGACUUUGACCAGAAUGACAGCAUCUAUGAUGAGCUCCAGAAACACGACAGAGAGGAUAAAGACUCCCCAGCCUUGUGGCGGUCAGAGGAGGAGAUGGCGGCUGAGGCAGCAGCGCUGAGGGGCUACUUUCAGUGACGCAGGCAUGGAAGGAACGGGAACAAAUCCCCAGGCAUAAGGAAACGGGCCUCGUGCGUUAGGGCCCCGCGGCCUUGGAAAUGCAGCUAAGCAAACUUUAUUACAUCCUACAAUUCGACAGCCUUUUGCAAAGCAUUUUAUUAUGCUUGUGGAAACCACCGGGGUUAUGUUUCAAUCACCGUGACUGACAGGCUGCCUUCAAAACCACGGCACCCACUUGCCCUUCCACACUUCCUCAGCUACGUACUUAGAAUAGAACUUUUCCAACUUGUCCCUUGGCCUGGAUGGGAAAUAAAAAUGCU